UUUAUACAAGUUUUACUUUCACCUUUUCAUCAUUAGCGUUUCCGCUAACAAAAAACUGAUUAAUUCAAACUCAUUACUCUUUAUUAUUUUAAAACUAAUUUUUAAAUGCAUUUGCACAGAGUUGUAAUUUUUUGGUAGUUUUAUUUUAAGAAUAAAACAUUUUUACUGAUCAUUUCUGCAUGCGCAACACAGGAAAUGUCAUGCAGCGCCAUUUCGAGGCAGUGACCAUCAUGGAGUAAGAACAUGUCAGUAGUAGAGAAUCAGACAGAGUUGAGGGCAGCACUACUUGGAUGGCACAGCUCAGGGAAGACAUCGGUGAUCAACACUAUAUUGGCGGCCAGUGAAGUAGAGAUAAAGGAAUUGACAGAUGAAAAUGUGAAGAGAGAGGGAUUUAUUGAUGGGAAAAGAGUCCUCUUGGUUGAGACACCAGGCUGGUGGAAAGAGUUCAGUUUAAAUGAUUUAUCAAACAUUUCUAAACAGCAGUUGGUGCGCAGAGUGUCUCAGUGUUCACCUCAUGCUGUCAUAAUCACCAUUCAGGCAGAUUUGAAAUUUAAUGAAUCUGAUGGAAAAGGUUUGGUUGAACACGUCGAGCUACUUGGUCCAAAUGUCUGGGCACAUGCUAUAGUACUCUUCACAAGAGGGGACUUGAUUAAAGAGAAAGACAUAGAGCGAGAUAUUAAGAGAGCAGGACCAGCGCUCAAGCGGCUCAUUGAAAAGUGUGGAAAUGAAUAUCAUGUUUUUAAUAAUUCUAACCAUCAUGACAAAACCCAAAUCACAGAGUUGCUAGAGAAAAUGGUAGGAAUUGUCAAAAAGAAUGAUGGCAAGCACUUCAGCGUUGACCUAAAAAAAGUAAAGGAACUCAACAUCAAGUGGGGGGAAAUUCAGACGAGAGCACGUGCUAGAAAAGCCAAAGUACAGGCGCAAAGUUCAAUAAUUCAAGAUAGAGCCUACGUGCGUCGUCUUGAGGAGAUCAGAGUAGUUCUUCUGGGAUGGGUGAUCGCUGGGAAAAGUCUUGCUGGAAACACCAUCUUGAACCGCGAUGAAUUUGUCACUGGAGGGAGAACAGAAAAGGGAACAAGAGGCUUCAGCGAUGUGGAUGGAAGGAAGAUGACCGUACUGGACACUCCUGGCUGGUGGAAGUAUUUUGCAUCAGAAUUAAACCCAGAUUUUGUUAGAUCUGCAAUUCUAGACAGCAUUUCAGAAUGUACGAAAUUUCCUCAUGCCAUGAUCCUAGUGAUUCCGGCAGAUACUUCAUUUCAGCAAGAACAAAGAAGAAUCAUUCAAAAAAAUAUGGCCAUCCUUGGUGAGGACGUCUGGAGACACACCAUAGUUUUGUUCACGCUGGGCGACAAACUUCCUGUCGUCUCAAUCGAGGAGCACAUUGAGAGUGAAGGAGACGCACUCCAGUGGCUGAUUGAGAAAUGUGGGAACAGAUAUCACGUCUUUGACAACACAGACAGGAAGAAUCGAGAUCAAGUCACACAGCUGCUCCAGAAGAUUGAUCAGAUGGUGGCAGGAAACUGUUUGUUCCAUCUUGACACUACAGCGAAAUACAGUGAUGUUGAGUCACACCUUCAGAGAACUGAUACCCAGGAAAAUGUGACGAUAGAGGAGAUCAAACUGAAGGAUAUCUGCCAUUUUCUGGAUGAGGGGAUUAACAGGAAGUUAAAAGAGAUAAGAGAGAAGAUAGAAAGCAUAUGGAAGGAUAUCAUGGAAGAAAACCUAUACCUUGAUGAAUAUAGAAGCAUGGAUUCUCCAGUUAACUUUCGAAAUGAAUCUCCUAAAUCCUCUGAGCCAGCGGAAGUGAUCACUACACCUCAACAGGACAGAAUCCUUGAGCACAUUAAGACACUUCUGGAAAGAGAAUUUAGCAGAUGGGAAAAUGUUAUGAUAUCUGGAGUCCGAAAAAGUUUGCUGGACAUUAAAUCAUUUGAGCUCUCUCAGGAGGAAAAGAUCCAGAAGUCGAAGGACGCAGUUGAGGGGUGGCUACAGAACCAUCGACAUUAUGUUGAACAUACUAUAGAAAAAAUACAAGAUACAGAAUCUGUGAUCAAGCCAAAGAGACUGAAGACAAGACAUGAUGAUGACAUCAGAGAAGUGACUUAAAACCUGCUGUGAAACAUCAAACCAUCCAAAAUUAUAAUAAAAAAGAAACUAAAUUGUGUUCAUACUUUGUAUUUUACUAAUGGUGACUCUGAUGUAAAGAAGGCGUUGUAUUAUCUGCCAUUUCAGUGUCAUGUUCUAAUGAGAAACAAUAUUACUAUAUAAUAUAUUAUAACAGACACAUUUUUUAUCUCAAUCUUCAGAUCAUUUUGUAGCAUUGUUAAAUUUUUAUGUGAUCACAAAUGGGAUACAUAUACAGUAUGUAAACACCGGUGAUUUGUUAUUAUGUUGUAAAAGCAUAUCUAUAUUCCUAUAAUAGAUUAUGAGUCAUUUUAAAGCUAUUAGGUACAUUUUUGCAUUGAAGUAUCAAGAAUUUAGCAUCGGAAAAUCCUCCUGGCAAAUACUGUAACUUGAAAAUUCUGUGGAAAAAUGACAUUUUUUGGAAGCAACAUAUAAAUUGUACAUUUUUCAUUACAUAACGGUAGAUGUUUUACUGGUGCCCAAUAUUUUUGGAAGAGAGUUGGGUGGAGCUAUUCUGUUAUAGCACUGAUCCUCCAAUUCAAGCUAAAUCCCUGCACUUAACAAACACUGAAAAAAUACUUUAGCCUAUUUGAUUUAUGCAUUUCAAUUAUAUAAUCAAAUUUUAUUGUGUAAUUUUUUUUUACAAAAAUUAAAUCUUCCAAGUAUUUUAUUUUUUACACUUUGUUAAAUAUUACUCAAUUCAAUUUGAUGGAUUUUUGUUAUGAAAUUUAAAUGUGUAAAUCUUCAAAAUAAGGCUAAAACAUUUGUCUGCGUGACACAUACGUGUUAUGAUAUAUUGAAAACAAUUUGAAUAGUGUAGUUUAGUAAGCAAACCCAUCAAUGUAUAAACAGGUCAGUUGUCACUAAUAGAGGAAGACCAUUUCACCUUUCUCUUUGGCUCUGUUUCUGGAACAAAUAACACGUUGUUACUCACAGAACAGUACCUUUAUUAGUAUACCAAAGGAAAAUGAAGUGUGUUUGCAUUCUCCCUGAGUAAGUCAUGUUGAUUUCUGUGUAUUGAGGCUGUUUUCUGAAAUGUAUUAUUGGGAAAAUAUGUUUAUUGAAAAUACUUCUGGUUAUCAGAGUUGUUUUGUGUUCGUUGUCAUCUGAGCAGCUUCCCUGAUAAUCUGGUUUCAAGAUGUUAUUCCAUGUUCUUUCACUUUCAGCCACAUUUUCUGUGUAACAGUUUGUUAAGUUGGUAUAUACUCUUGUCCGUCAUGUAGAUUUGUACUGGUUUGAUUUUUCUGUCAGGACUUCGACACAGAAGGCGAGACCAAGUGAGAAAAAUGGAUCAAGUUAAAGUUCACAGACGAUUUGUCAAGAUAUCAAAUGUCACUUUCAUUUGAUUAAUUUUCUAUGUUUGUUAGACAUGUUAUACAGCCAGGGACUGCUGUA